AUGUCGGCUGUUCAGAUUGGUCGGGACGGUAUUAGUAUUACUGCGACAAGCGACACCAGGCUUCCAGUGAAUGAAUAUCAUUUGAAAGAAAUGAAUGAUUCGCAAAAGCAGUAUAUUCGUUCUUCUAUCCCUAUUCUUGAAUCAUCUGGGGUAAAUAUAACCCAGGCUUUUUAUCAAAGAAUGUUGGAGAAUUAUCCCGAGGUGCGUCCAUACUUUAAUAAAGCUCAUCAGAUAUCUUUGUCUCAACCACGAAUUUUAGCUUUCGCCCUGUUAAAUUAUGCUCGAAAUAUUGAUGAUCUUACUCCACUUUCAGAGUUCAUUGAUCAGAUCAUUGUCAAGCACAUUGGUUUACAGAUCAAAGCAGAGCAUUAUCCCAUUGUUGGACAAUGUUUACUAGCUACAAUGCGGGAAAUGCUUGGAGAGGAUGUCGCUACUCCUGAAUUUUUAGAAGCUUGGACUAUAGCAUAUGGAAACUUAGCAAAAAUUCUGAUUGACGCUGAAAAGAACAUUUACCAGAGCCAACCAUGGAAUGGCUUCGCUGAGUUUGAAGUCGUAGAUCUUAUUGACGAAUCUUUCGAUGUAAAAUCUGUUUAUAUGGUUCCAAGAGAUAAAACGUUCAAAAUUGCUUCUGCUUACCCAGGACAGUAUAUUAGUAUCUCAUGGAAGAUACCAGGGUUGCCGCAUGAAACAAUUAGAGAAUAUUCUUUAUCAAAAUACCCUGAUACCAAAAAAAAUCAGUACCGGAUAUCUGUACGUCGCGUCCAUGAGGGAAUUGUCUCUAAUUAUGUUCAUGAGCAUUUGAAAGUAGGUGAUAUCGUUGGAGUUAGUCCUCCAGCCGGAAAGAGAAAGCCUCCAGUGCUCUGUUUUGCUGGUGGCAUCGGAAUAACACCUAUUGUUCCUAUCGUUGAAAAUGCUUUGUUGGAUGGAAGAACAGUUGUGUUUUGCUAUUCUAAUAGGAAUUAUUCCUCUCGCCCUUUUAAAAAUUGGCUCUUACAACUCAAGGAUCAAUAUAAAGAAAGAUUCAAGUUGAAAGAAUUUUUUUCAAAAGAAGCUUAUCUCCGCAAAGAGGAGAUUAUAGACGAGUUAAUGACACGUGUUUUACUUCGUGAAGACAUUAUGAAGCUGAAUUCUGCUGAAUGCGACAUAUAUAUGCUUGGACCGAAUAGUUACAUGCGAUUUGUUAAGGAAGAACUAGUAAAGCUGGGUGUAGAACCGAAAAGAAUUGCAACUGAGUUUUUUGGGCCAUACUCUCCUUGA